AUGCGGUCGAAAAGGGGAUCGUAUCUGAAACGAAGCUUAAAAAGAAAAUUCGCCAUGGAUGAUAGUUUUGUGUUUUCGGAUGAAAAGUACUCUAAAGACGUCCUGAAGAGAUUGAGCGGGCUUCAAAAGCAGGGCAUCAUGUGUGAUGUUACGAUCAAAAUCGAGGAGGAAGAAUUUCACGCCCACAGGAAUAUUCUCUCUGCAUGUUCGGACUACUUUUUCGCCAUGUUCAACGGAAACAUGAAAGAGAGACACGAACGUGAGAUCUCGAUAAGUGGCGUCGACAAAGAGAGUAUGAAGAUGAUAAUAGGUUUUAUAUACACAGGAGAAAUCACGUUGGACUGGAAUAACGUUGAGCCUGUCCUACAAAGCGCAAACCUGAUGCUCGUACAAUCUGUAAAAGACGCGUGUUCUCGUUUUCUUGAAAGCAGGCUCGACGUCAAAAACUGCAUCGGUAUUCAAGGCCUAGCGGAAGCAUACGCAUGCCAUAAACUUUGGACGAUAACUAACAACUUUAUUUUUCAAAAUUUUUCACACGUAGCCGAGAGUGAAGAAUUCAUGAACUUGGACGAGAAACAACUCGAGGUUUUGUUGCAGAGCGACGAAAUUUCCGUGGAAAGUGAGGAAAAAGUUUACGAAGCUCUCCUUGGCUGGAUAAACUAUGACGCAGAGAACAGACGGGAAUUUUUUCCGAGCUUGAUGGAAUUUAUUCGUCUCCCCCUCGUGUCACCCUAUUACCUAGUCGACGUUGUCGAAAGCGAGGAACUAUUUAACACUUCUGAGCGUUGCAAGGAGCUUCUUCUGGAAGCGCAACAUUACCACUUGUUGCCGGACCGACGCCAGCUUCUUGACAGCUCACGAACAAAGCCACGAAACUAUGAACGAUUUCAAGAGAUCCUCGUUGCCAUGGGAGGGAACGGAGACUAUCAUAAUCAGAGUACAGGUCGGAAAAAAAGUUUGCACAAGGCCCGUUUACAAGGCGAUUUUUGCGGCGAUUUCGGAAGAACAGCGGCAAAUUUCUUGCAACAAAUCCCCCUGAAAAUGGCGCUAAAGAUCGCGGCCAAAAUCGCCAGUGUAUACGGGUUCUUUGACAGAGCAUCGCAGACUGAGCAAUCAAGAAAAUGAACAUUAUGACCAUCAUGACCAAUGACAAUAAGCACUGACAAUCGAUUGAUCAGAUCAGAUUAGUCAAAGCAAAUGCACGCAGCGCGGGAAAACCGCGUGCGAGACACUCUCGUUUGGCUUGAUUUUACUUAAUGGCGGAAAAAACAGUGCGAGACUUUCCAGCCAUACGCAACAAUGAGAAAACAACAACAACAACAAUGAAAUUACUUCAGCCCAGGCUACAUUCUGUAGCCUGUGGGGUUUUCAUUUGAGGCAUUACUUCAGAUACACAGUGACCAUUCUGAAACAAAUUGUCCGUCACUCAAACGUGUUCAAAAUGGGUUUAAUAAUUUAGAUGAAUAGUAUUCGUAGUUGAAGUUUAUUUAGUUUGUGCACUUUGUAACAGGCUCUUUGUAUUUCCUUUCAGUUUAUGGAUUCAAUGUUGUGACUCAACUAUGGUCAGAUCUUCCAAGAUUCUCAAAGGAUCGUGGUUACCAUGGUAUAGCCAGUUUUGGGGGACAGCUUGUUGUUACUGGAGGUUAUUCCAACAUUAACUCUGAGACUCUCGACUUAGGUAUUAAAUUACAUAGUGCUAAGCCACAAAGCCGAAUAACUGAAGUCACUAUUCAGUUUUUUUUGCCUCCUUUCACUGUAUGGACUGAUUUUGUGUUUGUGAUAACCGAGUAUGUAAACCGAAUCGAACUAGCUGUGAUAAGCAAAAAAUUUCACCAAUGGAUUGGAAAGGUAGAUUGAAACUUCGGGAGCCAUUAUUUGGGAACCUUACUGCCAUGCAGUUCUAGCCCGAGAAAACGCCACCACUGGUUUCCCAAUGAUGUCUGAGAAACGCGCGCACAAAUUCCAUUUUACUGACGUGUCAUUACCCAGAUCUGGAAAAUGCUUCUGAUUGGUUGAAGCAAAUUUCAGCCAAUCAGAAGCACUACCCAGACCUGGGUAGUGGCACGUCAUCAAUAUGGAAUUUCUGCGCUCGUUUCUCAGACGUCACUUCAAUUGCGGGGAAACAAGGUGUACAGUUGAGUCAAGAAAAGUCGGCUGUUUUCUCAGCUUAGGCCAGUUCCAAAGCGCUUUGUAGAAAAACGCUCCUUAAAUAGAGCUAGUAUCCUUUACCUUCGUACGACACAACAUUUACACUUCAAUUCCUUCAAGACCGAUAUGCUGUUUAGCGGAAUCGCCGUUUAACCGUCACACCCUUUAUAAUAGUAUUGACAAUACGCUAGCGGUGCCUAUUAGUUUUCUUGGGAGUUAGGGCGUGGAGCUACUGAGGGGGAAGGGAAGAGGAGAGGAAAGCGGGCGUUGUAAAGGAGUGGGCUUCUACCUUGGUGUCCAGUAAUAUUAAGGCUUGAGAAAGUGAGUGCUAUUUUGGGGAGAUCAUAAGCAAGAAUUUAGAAUCAAUUUUAUGUAUCCUUUCGUUUAAGCCCAAACUUACGAUGUGCGUCAAAGGGAGUGGCAUAACAUGCCAAAUAUGCUUGGAAGGAGAAGCAAACAUGGAUCGGUGGAGAUUGACGGUCAUGUCUACGUAGUUGGCGGAUUUGACGGACAGACUACUUUAAACUCCAUGGAAUCUUUCGGCCUUCAGACCACCAGGUAACGAAAUCAUAAGAGACAACAUUUAUCAGGGCUGUCAUCAAGAGGUGUUGGCCGGGGAUUUCCCCCGGCUACUUUCAUAGGAAAACAGAAGAAAAAUAGAACCAAAAGAAAUUCCUAACUGGUGUGAUUCCCCGCCUACUUUUUGUAUUUAUCCGGCAACUUGAAAUCUUAGUGGCAGCCCUGAAAUUUAUCCCUUUCCGGCUUUGCAAAACUUACCAAACCCCAAAUUCACAAAACAAUUGUUAUCAAAGGAUUUCGAUAGACUCAAAAGUUAGAAAUGCUUUACAUGAUCUCAUUUAUUGAUCUUGACCCAAAACGGUUUAUAAAGUAAGGUCAUUGCAAGAGAAUAUAGGGCAUUGUCUAGCAUUCAACGAAUGAGAUGAAUUCGUCAUUUCAUUACAAGGGAUAAGCACUCGGGCCUGGAGUAGUCAACUUUGAACAACUCGUCUUAAAGUAAGGCUCAUUUUUCCACUUUCGCCUUAGGUGGCGAGUCAGAGCUCCCAUGCCAACGAGAAGAAGAUGUAUAUGUGCCGUGGCUCAUGGAAAAAACAUUUAUGUCAUCGGUGGACACGAUGGAUCAAGUAUUCUGAAUACAAUUGAGUGUUACGACGCCACAAGGUAAGAUAAGGUUAUUAAAUAAGUAAAGUUAUUUCAGCUGUUCAUCUGAUCAUGAGUAUAAAUUAUUCACUGUCAUAAAAAUAUGCCGAACCCGGGGGUCGCGUUACCUUCUUUCAUAUGUUCAGCACGUUUUCCGAGGGACGCGCGAGAAAAAGAAUUCUUUCGGAGUAAGGGAAGGGGGCGGUGGGGACAGGUGAGAAAACUUCCUCUCUCCCCUCCAUCCAACUUUAUUGUACGCCUACCCAUCAGUAAAUCGGAGAGAAAAAUACUUUUACAUAACAGAGAUAAAACCCCUAAUUAUUAUAUAAUCUCAUACUAGCAUCAGAGAAGCUCGAUCUCGUAAAAGAGUGAGAAAGUUUUUGGCAUUCCAUUAAACGACAUUCUUUACUGCUUGUGCCGAUAAAACUUGAUAAGGUCAUCCCAUCUUAUCAAGUGAAAUUAAUGCUACUGCUAUUUAUCAAUCUUUAUUUUACAGGGACACUUGGAGUUCCACAGAGGUACAGCCUAUGCGCGACAGGCGUUCCUUCCCAAGCGCAGUUGUUGCGGACGAUGAAAUGUACGUCUUGGGGGGUUACGAUGGCAACGACACGCUUCGAUCUGUAGAGUGUUACAACUUCAACACGCAAGAAUGGACCCAGGUCCCUCCCAUGAACACCCCAAGAUCCAACGCGGGCGCAUGCGUAUUUAACAAUAAAAUCUACCUCGUCGGAGGCUGGGACGGGAUCAGUUUAAACUCCGUGGAGAGCUUCGACAUCGCGACUCGGGUGUGGCAGCGAAUGCCUUCCCUUCCUCGACCCACAACUGGUGUACGAUGCUGUUUUUUAUCCUUCCAGUCUACGAACGAACAAAAGCCCAAGAGCAGAGCAAGUCGCGGGCACAUGUGCAUUAUCUGCUAA